GCCUGUUACUUUGAAUCCACACGCUCCGACUCUCCGUCAUAUUCUUUCUUCUAUCCUCCCGUCCACUGGCAUUCCCUCUCCCUUCCCUUCCCGCCUUGUCUUCGCUAAUAUAUUGUUUACCAAACACUGCGCCGUCCCUUUCUAGGCCUUUCAAUAACCAUGCAACAGCCGAUAUCUGAUUAACAACAAGUGGAAGGCAUCGAACUAUUGCUUUCCCCCCCUCCAAGUAAACGAACGGCUCUUACCGUAGGCCCCGUGGCGAGUCGACAAGUCCAUCUAUCAUGGCUGUCACCGACCCAUCCCAACCCGACAGCUCGACGCCCUCGGACCCUAUCGAUCUCACAUCUACCCCGGUAUCCCUCGCUCGCGCCGUCCAUGCCCGUCGGUCCGAGUACGUGCGGCCCCACCGAGUUCGCGUCAAGGUUGGCUCCUGGAACGUUGCUGCUUGCCCAGGAACGGACAAGGACCUCGCCAGCUGGUUUGUCGACGGGAAGGGCGUGGAUAAAAGCUUGGCCACCCUCGAUAUCUCCCAUACACGGGCUGUCGAGGAUGAGUCCUAUGGCUCAAAAAGAGCCGGGUCGUCCGAAGAUGACGGCAGCGAGGUUCGACUCGUAGGAGGGGACCAGAUCGGCCUCUACGUUCUGGGCUUGCAAGAGAUUAUCGACCUCAACAGAGCCAGGGAGGCCGUCAACCGCAUGUACUACGACCCCGGGCCGAUGAACAAGUGGAAGGAAGCUUUGGAACGGGCUAUGCCACCCGGUUACAGGCUCAUCACGGCCGAGCAGAUGUCGGGCUUGCUUCUCCUCAUAUACGCCUCCACCGAAGUGGCAGCAACCGUCAGCAACGUGAGCACCGUACAAGUCGGGACGGGGUUGCUUGGAUACCUCGGAAAUAAAGGGGCGGUAACGACGCGCAUUCUCCUCGGCGAGACCACGCGCAUGGUCUUCACCAACUCCCACCUCGCUAGCGGCGCGGAACAGGUUUACCUUGAGAGGAGACUGUGGGAUUAUGGCCAGGUUCUAGCGCGGACGCAAUUCGAACCCAUCCGGCUUCCCGGCAUGUCGGAAGCAGAAUGCCCGUCGGAGAAGAUCGGCGACGAGGAUUUCGCGUUUUGGUUGGGCGAUCUCAACUUUCGUCUCGACGGACUGCCUGGUGAUGACAUCCGGCGGCUCCUCAUGCUUCAUUCCCGGGGAGAAUACGACCUGACCAAGAAACAACCGUACUUGGAAGGCGAGGAGGGCUUUGUUGUCCAGAGCGCAGAUAGUGACGAUGACGACGAGUCGACGGUGGAAUCAUCCACAUCCCGGAGUACGGUCGUCGACGAGUCCGAUAGCUCUUUGCCCGAUCCAGACGAUUUCUUGCCCGAUCCGCGUGAUGAUCCCGGAUCGCUGCAGGCCACGCUGGACUCGUUGUUGCCUCAUGACCAGCUACGCCGUGUCAUCAAGCAGAGGAAGGCCUUUCACGACGGCUGGCGGGAAGGUCCCGUCACAUUCCUCCCAUCCUACAAGUAUGACAUUGGUACCGUCAGCCUUUUCGACUCGAGCGAGAAACAACGUGCCCCCAGCUGGUGCGACCGCAUUCUCUACCGGACAAGGAGAGACCGGGAGGAGUACGAACGGAAAAUCAAAGAAGAAGAAGCCGCCAAGGAGAAGGAUGCUGAGAUGAAGGCCCGCGGCAUGGAGGACGCGGCUGACGACGACGAUGUGUUGUUCAGCUGCGAUCCAGAGGAAGACGCUGAGACGGAGGAGCAACGACCCAAGAAGACAUCCAGUUUCGACGAAUACGAUGACUACAACGAAGAUGAGGACGCCGAUAAUAGGGUACGAGAAGGAGAAAGAGGAGGAGAAGAAGGAGAAGAACAAGUCACCAAGGAAGGGUUCACCGAUCAAAUACAGCUCGACAUAUACACCUCCCAUCAGCGGAUAACAUCAUCGGACCAUAAACCUAUAGUUUCUAUUUUCACAGUCGACUACAAUGCGGUGGUACCCGAGCUCAAGGCAGCGAUCCAUGCCGAAGUGGCCAAGGAACUCGACCGCGCUGAAAACGAAGGCCGGCCCCUCGUCACGGUGGUAGUGGAUUCCCAGGAUGGAACCGGCAAGGAGCCGCCAGGUCGACUGGCCGACCAAGGCGAACCGAUCGACUUUGGCGAGAUCAGCUUCAUGGGAAAGCACACGACAUACCUGACGAUAGCCAACACCGGCCAAGUACCGGCCAAGUUUGCAUUUGUUGAGACGCCGUCUAUUGUGGAUCACGACAGCUCAAGUGCACCACAGUGGCUCAACGCAUCUUUCAGGCGACGGGAAUCCGAUGCGGAUGAGACGCAGGAGGAUGCGGUGGACCUCGGAGACGAGGUCAAGUUGGAACCCGGCGAGACGCUGAGCGCGGUUCUCGAGGUGAUGGUGGACGAUCUAUGGCACGUUCGAGCGCUGAAUGACGGCCGGGCGAAGCUCGAGGACAUCCUCGUGCUCCGGGUCCGAGACGGUCGUGACCAUUUCAUUCCCGUGCAGGCGACGUGGCUGCCUACGUGUUUCGGACGAUCCAUUGAAGAACUGAUCCGGGUCCCGAGCGGCGGCAUCCGCGCGUUCGCAAAGGAACGGGAACGGGCGGGUGGUCCAGGCGGUGGUGGUGCCAUCUCCUACGACCUCGAGGUGCACAGCGCCGCCCCGAGGGAACUGUUCAAACUCACGGAGAUGCUCGAAGCGCUGACGACGCGCGCCCUGGCCGACGCGAGUAUGCUCGACCAGGAGGUCGUGCCGGCCGAUAAGCCGGGGUGGCCCCUGGACGAGUCCGCCUGGGUGUUCCGAGACGAAGAAGAGCGCCGCGCGCAGAAACUGUCCCUCAUCGAGGCGCUCGACACCGACAAACCGCUCGCCGACGCGCUUCCCCUCGACACGCCGUCGCCGCACCGCCUCGAAGUCGUGUCCGAGGUCCUCCUCCUUUUCCUCCGCGGCCUGACCGACGGCAUCAUCACGGCGCCGUUGUGGGCCAAGAUCGAGGUCGCCCUGCCCCAGUUGUCAUCCGCGCCUGCGCCUGCGUCGUCGUCAUCGUCGUCGUCGUCGUCGUACCCUCUCCGAAGGACCCAGGAAGCCGAAGCCGGAGCGGAGGACGAUAAGGAGGCGAUCCUCGACAUUCUCUCCUCCGCGCCGAACCAUAACAUCGCCUUUGUCUUCCUCGCGGCCGCCCUGUUCAAGGUGGUUGAGGAGUUGGCGCCGCUGUCGAGGGCGGAUGUUGGGGCGUUGACGUCGCCGGUGUCGCCGGUGAAGAGGAUCAGUGCGCUUGGGCGGCAUAGUCUUGGCUUUCGGCGCAAUGGGGGCGGCAGUGGCGGCGGCGGCAACAACGGCAGCAACAGCGGCGGCGGUAACAGUUUGGCCGUCGCCGAGGCGGCGCUGGGGAGACGGAGGGCGAGGGAGAGACGGUUUGCGGAGAUUGUGGGGAGGGUGGUGUGUCGGGUCGGGUUGCCGGCUAAGGAGAAGGAGCGGAGGGCUGUGGAGGAGAAGAUGAGGUGUGUCGUGGAGAUGUUUUUGAGGAAGCCCCUAGAUUCUUCGUGAGAAAGUGCCCUUGGGAGAGCUUUUCUUGUUCUGUGUUCACUCUCAUCAGCCCAAGUUGGAUGCUUGUAGGCUGUGAUCAAUAGACGGGGAUUCUCAACGGUUACGUUUCAGCAAGUACCUGUAUCAUACACCAUGAUCGUUUCAACCAGUUUUAUGUCUUUCGAGACGAGUUUUCCUCGGUCAGGUGUCGCUGUGUGAGGUCGGGGCAGGGGGGUUUGGGUGACAGACAGUGAGUGAGCCAGGACGAGAGCGGUGUAGGGGGUUUUCGCUCCUCGCUAUUUCGUUAGUGGUGCCCAUUACCACCAAAGCGUGAAGGAAGUGGGAUGAGAUACAUGUAUCCCGUAGUUAAGGCAGUCAUUUUGGUUAGGG